AUGGCUGUCGUGAAGACAAAGGGCAGGCCGCAAGCGAAGGCCAAGGCAAAAGCAGCGGGCGAAUCCAACAGUAGCAAGAGAGAAAACGGGAGGCAGCAGGAAAGGCCUGCGGCUUCGUUAAAGCGUUCCGCCGAGAGUGAUUCAGAAGAUGACCGCAAGCGCUUGCGGUUUGAGUCGACAGAGGAGUAUGGCGUGAAGGAUCCCAGUGAGAUUCUCCGCUUGCAAGCCAUACAAUCUGCGCGGAGCCGGCGGAAUUCACGACUGCCCAGCCAUGGCAAGGCCUUGAAAGGGGAGUCGUUGCCGAAGAUCCCCGUGCGGAAAAUGCGGAGGCAGCUGAGCUCCGAAUCGGAUGUGACGGAGCCCGAGAUCGAAGCACCGAGCGACAAGCACAAAGAGGGUGAUGGCGGCAAGAAGACGGCUCAAACAAAAGGCCAAUCAACAAAGCCUGCGACACAGGAUGCGCAGGCUGCAAAGGCUGCAGCAAAGGCAGCGGGAGAGCAGUCCAACGAACAGGAGGACGAUGAUGGCUUGCCUCCUUCGGCGAAAAACAACAACAUCAAGUGCGCCCCAAAGGUGCCCCGCGCCAAAGCCAAGACGGCCGCAGAGGAUUCCGAAUCCGAGGACAACGAAGCGGAAGAAGAUGGCAACAAGAAGAUGGUUCCUGCGAAGCCUGCGACCAAAAAGGCCGCAGCCAAGGCAGCAGCCGAAGAGUCUGACGAAGACGAGGAGGAUGAUGGCGACUUACCCCGUCCGGCGAAGAGCACCGCGCAGGUGCCCCGUGCCAAAGCCAAGACGGCCGCAGAGGAUUCCGAAUCCGAGGAGGACGAAGAGGAGGAAGAUGGCGACAGGAAGAUGGUUCCUGCGAAGGCUGCGACCAAAAAGGCAGCAGCCGAAGAGUCUGACGAAGACGAGGAGGAAGAUGGCAACUUACCCCCUCCGGCGAAGAGCACCGCGCAGGUGCCCCGCGCCAAAGCCAAGACGGCCGCAGAGGAUUCCGAAUCCGAGGACGACGAAGAGGAGGAAGAUGGCGACAAGAAGGUGGUUCCUGCGAAGGCUGCGACCAAAAAGGCCGCAGCCAAGGCAGCAGCCGAAGAGUCUGACGAAGACGAGGAGGAAGAUGGCAACUUACCCCCUCCGGCGAAGAGCACCGCGCAGGUGCCCCGCGCCGAAGCCAAGACGGCCGCAGAGGAUUCCGAAUCCGAGGACGACGAAGAGGAGGAAGAUGGCGACAAGAAGAUGGUUCCUGCGAAGGCUGCGACCAAAAAGGCCGCAGCCAAGGCAGCAGCCGAAGAGUCUGACGAAGACGAGGAGGACAAGAGCGCGACGGUGGUGAACUCUGGCUGUGCGUACAAGUCAUGGAAGACCGUGCAAGCAUUGACUCUAGAAGUGCCCCGCGCCAAAGCCAAGACGGCCGCAGAGGAUUCCGAAUCCGAGGCCAAGCAGCCAUUUUCGACCCUUGCGCUAGUUGUGCCGGGCAAUCUUUUGAAGGACGACGAAGAGGAGGAAGAUGGCGACAAGGAGAUGGUUCCUGCGAAGGCUGCGACCAAAAAGGCCGCAGCCAAGGUAGCAGCCGAAGAGUCUGACGAAGACGAGGAGGACAAGAGCGCGACGGUGGUGAACUCUGGCUGUGCGUACAAGUUGUGGAAGACCCUGCAAGCAUUGACUCUAGAAGUGGCCCGUGCCCAAGCCAAGACGGCCGCAGAGGAUUCCGAAUCCAAGGAGGACGAAGAGGAGGAAGAUGGCGACAAGAAGAUGGUUCCUGCGAAGCCUGCCGCAGCCAAGGCAGCAGCCGAAGAGUCUGACGAAGACGAGGAGGACAAGAGCGAGGAUGGCAACUUACCCCCUCCGGCGAAGAGCACCGCGCAGGUGCCCCGCGACAAAGCCAAGACGGCCGCAGAGGAUUCCGAAUCCGAGGAGGACGAAGAGGAGGAAGAUGGCGACAAGAAGAUGGUUCCUGCGAAGCCUGCGACCAAAAAGGCCGCAGCCAAGGCAGCAGCCGAAGAGUCUGACGAAGACGAGGAGGACAAGAGCGAGGAUGGCAACUUACCCCCUCUGGCGAAGAGCACCGCGCAGGUGCCCGGCGCCAAAGCCAAGACGGCCGCAGAGGAUUCCGAAUCCGAGGAGGACGAAGAGGAGGAAGAUGGCGACAAGAAGAUGGUUCCUACGAAGGCUGCGACCAAAAAGGCCGCAGCCAAGGCAGCAGCCGAAGAGUCUGACGAAGACGAGGAGGACAAGAGCGAGGAUGGCAACUUACCCCCUCCGGCGAAGAGCACCGCGCAGGUGCCCGGCGCCAAAGCCAAGACGGCCGCAGAGGAUUCCGAAUCCGAGGAGGACGAAGAGGAGGAAGAUGGCGACAAGAAGAUGGUUCCUACGAAGGCUGCGACCAAAAAGGCCGCAGCCAAGGCAGCAGCCGAAGAGUCUGACGAAGACGAGGAGGAGGAUGGCAACUUACCCCCUCUGGCGAAGAGCACCGCACAGGUGCCCCGCGCCAAAGCCAAGACGGCCGCAGAGGAUUCCGAAUCCGAGGACGACGAAGAGGAGGAAGAUGGCGACAAGAAGAUGGUUCCUGCGAAGGCUGCGACCAAAAAGGCCGCAGCCAAGGUAGCAGCCGAAGAGUCUGACGAAGACGAGGAGGAGGAUGGCAACUUACCCCCUCUGGCGAAGAGCACCGCGCAGGUGCCCGGCGCCAAAGCCAAGACGGCCGCAGAGCAUUCCGAAUCCGAGGACGACGAAGAGGAGGAAGAUGGCGACCAGAAGAUGUUUCCUGCAACAGCUCAGCCAAGGAAGCCCAUGAUGAAGGUGACUGCGGCCACACCAGACUGGGACGAGGAUGAGGUGGUGGAGGAGUUGCCCUCGCAGCAGGAAUCCCACUAUGGUGUGAAAAAGCCGCAAGUCAAGCUGGAGGUACCCCGUCAAGUGAAUGGUGAAGCCAUCGCGCAGGAGAUGAAUUCCGAUUCUUGCUCGGAGUCCGAUGAGCAGGAGAAUGGUGGGAUUCCAGAAAAGCCAAAGAUCGUAACUCAUUUGAAAGGUGUUCCUCCGAUCGUUAGCCCGGAUGACAGAUACACACUGGCAUAUUCCGAAGAUCCUCCACCAGACCGAGAUGUGGCAAAGCUGCUCUGGAGAGGGUUACGAGGCUAUCGAAGUGCCGCAGGUGUCAAGAUCUUGAUCCAAGAGUUCGAGAUGGCAAAAAUAAGCAUUGAGAAUCUUGGAAGUCGGCGGAUGAAACCAAAGCUGUUGGUCGACCAUUUCGGGCUGACACUGGGCGAGGCCAUAGCACUCAUUGACCUUGCAGACCCGACAACGACGCUGGAGCAAGCAGAAGCCAUUGUCGCCCGCGGCUGCUGCGUGAAGCGGAAGCUUGCCGCGCUGGAUCUUCCUGAGCCACCUCCGCCAGAGGCAGACGAGAAACUCCCCGAGAGCAAAAGCGCAAAGAAAGAUGCGGAAAAUGCAGGAGAUCCGGUCAUCAGUGCCACCCUGGUUCUCCACAGGGCCAUGCGCCCCAGCACCUCCCUCUUCCGCCUUCCAGCCGGAAAGCGCAUCCUGAAGUCCUCAGCCGCUGCCCUGGCAGGCCUUCCGCUAUCGCUCACGCGGAGUAGCAUUCGGAUGGCACUGCUCCAGGUGGGCGAAGUGAUGAGAGCCAAGCAUUAG